AUGCACUGGCAAAAAUCUUCUGCCCCAGAGCAGCAGCCACAGCCUCGCCCCUACCAAGGUGUCCGAGUGAAGGAGCCAGUGAAGGAGCUGCUGAAGAGGAAAAGGGGGAAUGCACAGAAUCCCAGUGCAGCUGCAGCUGCAACGGUUGUUCUGCCCCACCAGCCAGUCCCUUCCUACUCACCCAUGGGCCAGCCUUGCAUUGACAUGGACGCUGCUGGCCCUGCUGCUCUGCCUGGCCCAGAGGAAGGAGCUGUGGCCUCUGGCUGGCUCCCCCAGGCCCCUGGCACCCCCCUGCAGCCCCUGGCUCAGUGGAGCCCUUACCCUGACUACGUGUCCCACGAGGCUGCCAGCUGUCCCUACUCAGCAGAUAUGUACGUGCAGCCCGUGUGCCCCAGCUACACCCUGGUGGGACCCUCCUCUGUCCUCACCUACACCUCCCAGCCUCUCAUCACCAAUUUUGCACCCCGCAGCAGCGCCCCGGCCGUGGUGCCACCGCUGGAGGUGACGGAGCAGCAGCCGCCCCUGCCCUACUUCCCGUGGGCACAGCCCCUGCCUGCCCUGCCAGCCUCCAGCCUGCAGUACCCUGCAGCCUCCUCCUCCUUCCCCGGGCCCCAGCUGGUGCCCGUGCCCAUCUCCAUCCCCGAGCCAGCCCCGCAGGAGCUGGAGGAUGCCCGGAGAGCCAUCGGCGCCCUGCCCAUCGAGAAGCUGCUGCUGGAAGAUGAGGACAAUGAUACGUACGUGUUGAGCCAUGCUCUCUCUGUUGAAGGGAUUUAG